AUGGCCGACAGCACAAUCACCAAUGGCAAGGCAGACGGCCACGAUAACAGCAAUGGGAGCAGCAAGAAGAAGCAGUUCAUCCUCAACGCCUUUGUCAUGAACACGCCGGGCCACCUGACGCCUGGGCUGUGGCGACACCCGCGCAACAAGACGGACCAGUACAAGAAGCUGAGCUUUUGGACCGACCUGGCAAAGCUGCUGGACGAUGCCGGCUUCCACGCCAUGUUCAUCGCAGACACGCUCGGGCCAUACGACGUGUACAAGGGCCCGGCCAACGUGGUGCCGGUGCUGGCCUCGGGCGCACAGUACCCCGUCAACGACCCGCUCUUCCUCGUGCCCUCCAUGGCGGCCGCCACCAAGAACCUCAUCUUUGGCGUGACGGCCAGCACGACAUACGACAAGCCGUACGCGCUGGCACGCCGGCUGUCGACCGUGGACCACCUCAGCGACGGCCGGCUGGCAUGGAACAUUGUGACGUCAUACCUCGACAGCGCGGCUCGCAACCACGGCCUGGACCAGCAGAUUCCACACGAUGAGCGCUAUGCCAUCGCCCACGAGUACAUGGACGUGCUGUACAAGCUGUGGGAGGGCAGCUUCCGCGAUGACGCCGUCGUGGCCGACCGUGAGACUGGCGUGUACAUUGCCACUGAUGCUGUGCGGCCCAUUCACCACAAGGGCAAAUAUUUCUCCGUGCCAGGGCCACACUUUUGCGAGCCGUCGCCGCAGCGCACGCCCUUUCUCUUCCAGGCCGGCGUAUCCGAGGCCGGCAACGGCUUUGGUGGCAAGCAUGGCGAGGCCAUCUUCAUCGGUGGACAGGAGCCCGAGGGCAUCAAGACGACCGUUGAUAACAUCCGUAGCAUCGCCGCGGCUGAGGGCCGCAAUCCCGACCACAUCAAGGUCAUCGUCAGCAUCCACAUCACCGUGGCCGCCACAGACGAAGAGGCCCUCGCAAAGCGCGCUGACAUCCUCAAGUAUGCCGACACCGAGGGUGCCCUUGCCUUAUUUGGCGGUUGGACUGGCGUCGAUCUCUCCACGUUCAACGACGACGACGACUUCCGCCUCAGCGACUCGCCGCGCGUGCGUUCCAUCGUGCGGCGAUGGGCCGCUACCGUGCCCGGCACCGAGAACCUGCCCUGGACCAAACGCCGCAUCGUCGAGUACCUCGGCCUCGGUGGCAUGGGAGGCAAGGUCGUCGGAGGGCCUGCCACUGUUGCUGAUGAGCUCGAGCGCUGGGCCGACGUGUCGGGCGUCGACGGCUUUAACCUUUCCCACGCAACCAACCCGGGCUCCUUUGAGGAUAUUGCCGAGUUCCUGCUACCUGAGCUGCGGCGGCGUGGUCGUUUUCGCAACGGCGUCCAGAAAGAGGGAGCCACAGCUCGUGAGGUCUUCUUGGGUACAACGCGGCUGCCAGAGGACCACCCUGGAAGCCGGUACAAAUGGUGUGCCGGUGAGAAGAAGCCCCAGUAUCAACUUGAGGAGGAAGCGGCCGCAGCGGUGGCAGGUGUUCAGAUAGGAGCCGAUCAAGCAGAAACGGAAAGGGUUGCAAAGGCAGCAAGAGCUGCUGCCAACGACGAGUCUCCAGCAAUUGUGGUCUGA